AUGCCCUUUGCUCAUUACAGAGAUAUCGCACCUAGACUCAGAGGACGAAUCACCACCAUCUAUAACACUUUGUGGUACUUGGGAGCUAUUUUAGCAGCGUGGACUACGUUCGGUACGCUUGUCUCCAUUAACACCAAUCUACAAUGGCGCCUUCCCACGGGAUUGCAUUGUGCUAUGCCCGGCAUUCAAUUGCUGGCUUUAUAUUUUAUUCCUGAGUCACCAAGAUACAACAUUGCUCGAGGCGACGAAGAAAAGGCUCGCCAAAUGCUCAUCGAGUAUCACGGAAAUGGCAUAGAGACGUCUUUCGUCAAAUGGGAAUAUGAAGAAAUCGGGAACACUGUUCGUCUAGAAAGAGAAGCAGCCGACGAGUCUGGGUGGAAAGAAAUGGUCCGCACUCCAGGAAAUCGCAAAAGGUGCAUUCUGAUCAUCGCAUCGGCAGUCUUUAGUCAGUGCUCUGGUAGCAACUUGAAUGUACUAGUUGGAUGA